UUAUUUCCCACCUCAGCCACCCUUACUUUGGCCCCAAGUUGCGUGAGAUAGGGAGGACCCGCAUUUCCUGGGUCGGCCCUCCUCCACCUCCUUGCGCACUGUCUUUAUAAGGAGAAGGCAGAGGUCACGUUGAAGUUUCCAAAGAAACGCCGGAAGCUGGGUUCAGAGUCCAGUCCACAUGGCUCCUUGAAAGCGUGUGGAACGUUUCAGAAGGGAAGAGCGUCGCUCGGCAUGUCUCCGCUCCAGCUGUCCGUCUUGUGGCGUCUGUCGCUGGCCUUUUUCUUCAACCCAUUCCUUUUCUUUCUCGACAUUUUCACAGCUGUGGUGGUCGAAGCCAACUGUCACCAUGGCAACGUCACGCGCCGCGAAAGGACGCUUGCGCAAAACCAAUCAGACAGCAAGGAACUUUCAGGACACGAAUCUGAUUGGAUGACUCGAAACAGCGACCGACACUCAGUGUGUGUCUGGUCUUCAGGCUUUUCCUAUGGCCAGACGAUGUACAUGGCGGGGAUGCUGCUUGGAUCGCUUGUGGGCGGAGUUCUGGCUGACAGGUACGGUAAACGUCCGGUGCUGCUGGUGUGCUUGUCGGUGCAGGCGGCAUGCGGCCUGGUGCCCGCUGUCCUUCCGCAGCCGUUCGUCUUCCUUGCCGUUCGCUGCCUGACAGGUGUUUGCUGCUCCUGUAUCACCAACUGCUCCUUCAGUCUAGCUGUGGAGUGGACCGCCCCCUCCGCCCGCCUCUGGCCGCCCGUUUUUUUGGGCUUCUGCUUCAGUCUUGGGACAAUGGGCGGAGCUCUGCUGGCCUGGCUCAGUCCCUCCUGGACGCAGCUUCACCUGUCUCUAGCUCUGCCUCAGUUCAUCUGCCUGCCGCUCUACCGUUCCAUUCCAGAGUCUCCGAGCUGGCUGGUGCUAAUGGGCAGAAUGGAUGUUCUGUACCUCUACUGUAACAGAAGUGAGGCAGACAAGCAGUGUGUGGACUUGCUUGUGGGCUCAAACAGCCUGGAGAAGACGAAAGUCCCUGCGGCCCCGAAAGAGCAACCACCAAAUGACCUCCCCCUGAGACAUCCAACCAUCCUACUGCGGCUGACCAUCAUGAGCUAUCUGGGGGCCGUAACCGCGCUGACAUACUUCGGCAUCUGUAUGAACAUUGGCUCGUUCGGCGUCAACGUUUACUCCGCGCAGUUCUUCUCGGGCCUAUCAGAGGCUCCCUGCCUGCUCGUCCCUCUGGUCCGCCUGGAUAGGCGCCCGAUGAGCAUGCUGACCUUGUUCCUGAGCGGCACUGCCUGCUUCCUGUCUUUGCUGCUGUCCAGAUACCAAUGUGAUGCAAUGCUGGUGAUGAGUGGGGCCCUGGUGGGCAAAUUCUGCAUCCUGGUCACCAUCUUCGUCUUGGCCCUGUACAGCAUCGAGCUGUUCCCCACCGUGGUCAGGCAGCGUUGCGUGUCAGCCAUCAACUUGUGUUUCCGGCUCGGCUGUCUGUUCAGCACUCUGUUCCCGGGUAACCCAGAGGGAACCAUCUCACUGGCCGCCAUGCUCAUAUACAGCAGCGGGCCAAUCAUCGGCUGCGGAUUGUGCCUACUGCUUCCGGAGACUAGCGGCACCCCGCUUCCCAACUCUAUGGAAGACUGUCACAAGCCGCCUCAACACCCCCUCGAAAGGACAAGGAAGCUGCAAAGCCAGCCGCCCGCUGCAGUCGCCACCGGCGAGUGCAAGCGAACACACAACAGCUGUCAGCCCGUGUGAAACAGCCCCGUUUUCUUUUUAAUGACCUGCUUUUAUUUCUAUUUUUGUACUUUGUAU